AUGAAAAUGUCAUGUAAUUGUCAUGUCACUUAAAGUUUAACAAAUCGCUAGUUUUUGUUUUUCUUCCUCUUAUUAUAGUAAUUAUUAACAAUCCGAUUUAUUCGUUAUGAUAAUAUUUUAGGAGCUAUAUUGGUGUAAUGAUUCCACUGAACAUAUUUAAAAACCGGUUGCAAAAUGACUGAAGUCUGCUCAAUGAAUAGCAACAGAGAUGAGAACAAGAGCUUACCGAAGGAUAAUGGAGUUUUGGGUGUAAAAGAGGAACAAGAAAUAACUGUGAAGCAGGAACUAGUCGACUGUUUGGUGUGUCUGAACCGGACGCCAGAGAAUUGCGACUUGAGUACCACGAAUACUGCUUCGGGAACUACUCUCUAUGAUUAUUUAUGUAAAUUUACACUUAACGAUAUCGGGAAAUCAACAAACAGUUCCAAGUUCAUUUGUAAAACGUGCCUCAAUCUAGUUAAUAUAUUAGAACGCGCAGAAAUAGAGUAUUUGAAGUUAAAAGAGGAGUUUCAAUCAAUACUCAGCAAGAACCCAUUAUUUGUAACACAAAAUAUACAAGUAUCUGUGUCACUCGAUCCUGUGAAAAAUGAAAGUUUGGACAUCGACAAAAAUUUCGAUGACGACUCUGAAGACGAACCUUUAUCCCUCACAAAAAAGAAACGUCAUAGGAAACUUGACAAAAGAAAAAAGAAAACAAUCACAGAUAGCAAGCGGAAAGUGCGCAGCAAACUUUGUGAUGAUAGUUGGCAGUGUACGGAAUGCGAAGUGAGUGGGGAGGCGGGAGGCCCAGAGGCCUUGGCCACUCACAUGCUGCUCUUACAUACUCUACCAGGCUCUAUACACAUUGAAAAGGUUAAGAAAGAGGAGUCACCAGAUAGAUCCCAAAGUCCAACUUUCAACAAUUUUGAUGAAAUGUUUAAAGUAGAAGCUGAAGGUUUUGAUGAUGAUGAUGAAAGUUCAAACUAUGUACCUGACGAGCUGAGCAACGGCAAGCAUAGUAAAAGAACCAAAUUACUUGGUCGAGGCAAACGAAAAAAUGGUAGCAGUUCCACUGUAAAGAAAAAGAAAGAUCCAAAGAUUAUUCAUCAAUGUGAUCAGUGCAAUGCUAAAUAUACAUCACUCGUGAGACUGGAGCAACACAAGUUGAAGCACGACGACUCCAAGCCGCCGUACAUCUGUGAAGUGUGCGGAGCGCACUACAAGCACAAGCGAGCCUGCGACAUACACGUCGCUAUGCACAAAGGUAUCAGCGACUGGAAAUGUGAAGAGUGCAAUAAGCUGUUUCCAUCCAAAGGUGCCCUGCAGAGGCACAAUAAUAUCCACACGGGAAAACUCAACUAUCAGUGCGACCUGUGCGGCAAGUCGUUCAUCCACACGUCGUCGUUCAAGAUGCACAAGCUGUCGCACUCCGGCGUGAAGCCGCACUCGUGCGACGUGUGCGGGCUGGCGCUCAUGACGCGCUCGCACCUCAAGCGCCACAAGCGCGUGCACUCGGGCGAGAAGCGCCACGAGUGCGGCGUGUGCGGCAAGCGCUUCUCCGAGCGCUACAACCUGGCGGCGCACGCGCGCGCGCACGCGGGCGAGGGCGCCGCGCUGGCGCUGCAGCCGCGCCGCCGCCUGUUCCGCUGCGCCUUCUGCCCCGAGCGCUUCGAGCGCCGCGUGCAGCUGGAGCGCCACGCCGGCGCCGCGCACGGCCGCGCGCUCGAGCGCCCGCCGCCCACGCCGCGCAACACCAUGAGCAAGCUGCUCAAGGCGCAGGCGCAGCGCCGCGAGCCCGACUGCAAGCCCGAGCGCAGCCCGCCCGCCGCGCCCGCCGCGCCCGUCGCGCCCGCCGGCGCCGCCAGCUCGUGGGCCGGCGUCUACGCCGCCGAGUUCGGCCUGCGCGCCGACUACUCGCACUAGCGGGUGCCCGGGAGGGGAGAGCUAAAUACUUACUGCCUUACCUCGGUUCGACCACAUGUACGUGUAUUGAAGUAAACUUUUAUUCCCACUGAUAUGAGAUGUUUCCUAGGCUCACUAAAUUAUACAAGAACAUGCUCACCAGAUGGUCCCCGAUUAUAAAACGAAUGGCAAAAGUAACGGAUGUUAAUACUUUUAUUUUAUAUUAUUUACAUGAAAUGUAUGCAUUUUUGAAUAACUUAUUCUUGUUUAGAACUAGCCGCGGUUAUAUUUGUAGACAGUAUUAAAUCUAAUGAAACAAAUGAAUAUGAUUGACUGUGAGGUCAAGAAUGUCAUAAAAUUUCAAGAACAAUCAAAAUAUUAAAAUCGGA